CUAGCAGCCAGCCAUGUGACCUGCUCUACACACCUCCCCUUGCUAUACCAGCUACCUGAGUCUGUUAGCUGGACUUCUUAUCAGGGCUGUGCUGUCACAGAGGGAGAGAGGGGGAGGGCAAACUCACAGGAAAAGGAAGGAUCAGGCUGGAUCAGGUGCAGUCCUGGCUUUUGGAGACAGAGCUCUGCAAAAGACAAGCCAGAGAGGAAUCCUCUGUAACAACAACUGCAGCCAGAGGAGGGGACAACUGACUGUCCUUAAAAAUUCCCAAUGAAUUAUUUUCCAGGUUUCAGAAUCAUCAGAGUUCCUUAAAGCAACACACCAAGUCAACUCUCCCUCCCCUGGUACAAGCUGGACAGGUGCAUGGGAAAUUCAGACUGAUUUCUUUUCCUCAUUUGCAUUUAUUUAUCCUUCUAUUUUUUUUUUCUUCUCUCACUGAAAACAUUUGUUUAAUCACGUUUGAUUUCCUGUUGAUCACAAAGCAAACUGGAGGUCUGCCUCCCCACCAGAGUUAAUCUAUUGAUGUUAGAGACAGGUAAGUGACUUUAUGUCUUCAUUAGUGACCAGAUGUUACUUUGUGUCUGUUAUGUUUAAUGUGUGUGUGUGGUUUUUUGGGGGCUUUUUUUUUUGCCCUUCUUCACAGUUACAAUGUAACUUAAAUCAGAUCUGUGAGUGCAGAUGACACAUUUUUUCCUAAAGCGUUUUACAAUAAUCCACCCACUUCCACAGCUAUGUAUUAACACAAAAGAAAUCCUGUGUUUUCUAAUCCCAAGAAUAUAUCAUUACUUUUAUUGCCAUUUUUUUUUUUUUAUUGGUCCACUGUUUUGAAGUAGAUUUGUCAAAGCACAAACCACUCCAAGCAUGUUAACCCUUUCCUAUUAAUCUUCCCAUUAAUUCUAAAAAAAAUUUAAAAAAAUGUAUUACUGAACUUCUCAUUUUAUUUUUGGCCGAUAUUAGGGUUAAUAAUAAUUUUAGGUUCUGAAAACUCAGAUCCUUCAUUUUAUUAAACUUUGUAACUUGUUGACUUUUGAUCUAAUUUUAAGUUGCUGACAUCUAAUCAUUUAUUUAAAUGUAACAGGGUCAUUCAUGAAAAUGUUAAUUCCUGGAAAUUCUAAGUGAAUUUCUGAAUUUAACUAAUCUUGGUCUAAAAUUUGAAAUUCCCUUUUGAAUUACCAAUAAUUCUCACAUGUACACACAGACACUACUUAUCAAGUAAUGAGUACAUAUUAUCCAUUGUUAAACAAGAAAUAAUCUGACUUAAUAUUUAGCUGUGAGAUAACCCUAUAUGUGCCAUGGAGGCUGAGUAUCACAAACCUCUGGACCUUGAAUGGCAAACCAAGCUUUAAGACAGUGAUCAUUUUAUUUUGUAAUAUUUUAAUGUUUAUUGCAGUGUUUUAGGACAUUUGCAAAGACCUGUAUGUGUCACAGUGGCAAAUCUAUAUAAAUAUAAAAUGUUGUCCAUUAAAUGGUUACUGGCUUUACUGUGGGCUCUAGUUAAACUUGUGAUAAUUCCUUCUGAGAAAGCGUGUGCUGCUGGUUUCAGUUUACCUUUCCAUUGCCCUGUUUGGCUGGAUGGGCUCACAAACACCAGAUGAUCUAGAUCAGAAACAAAGAUAGCUCCCCAUAUGAUGUAGAACUACAACUACCAUGAUGCUGUGCAGCCUUCAUACUGUCAAUGCAUCAUGGGAGUUGAAAUGGCACAGUACCUGCAGAUACAGCUUUUGGCCUAUCCUACCCUGGAAAACCUUGGCCUUGAUAAAUUCUAGUUCAGAGAUAACCACUGUGCUUGUUUUAAUACAAUGGUAUUUAUUGAAUUAUAGUGUAUGGGAUAUACUGAGUUACUCACUAAAGUGAGAGUUUGAAGUGAGUCCAAAGGGACACCAUAGUAACCAGAACCACUGCCGUUUAAUGUAGUUGUUCUGGUGAGUAUAGUGUGUCCAUGCAGGUUUUUUUAUUUUAAAAACUUCCUUUUCUGAGAAAAAGCAGUGUUUACAUUUCUGGCUGGUAACACCUCUCUAGUGGCAGUCACUCAGACUGCCACUAGAGGUGCUUCCUGGGUCAGUGAUGGACACUGUUCAGCACUGAUAUUCAGCGUCCCCACGUUCUGCAUGCAUCUCCACGUUCUGCAUGACAUGCGCAAUAGCCUCCCAAUGUUUCCUUAUGGGACAGCAUUGGAUUGGCUGAGAUGAUCAAAAUUGAUGAUCUAAGCCCAUGGAGGCAGAGCCAAGCUGGUCCAGUGCAGCGUGGGAGAAAGGUGAGUAAAAACACAUUUUCAUAACGAUCGUAGGGGCACUGGGGACCUAAUGCUGCACUCCAGCAUUACAGUAUAAGGAAUCUGACACUAUAUAUUCUUCCUUGCAUGGGACACUAGCUGAACUGGGAACAUCCUCUAUUUCAUUUAGGCUUUUAGUUAAAAUGCUUUGGUUUAAAAUUUUAAAUUUUGAAUCCUUACUUUAAAAACAGGGUGUGACCACAGCAUUCUAAUAACCAGCUUUCUCUGAGACAACUCAUACAGUAUAUGAAUACAUACUACUUAAUUGCUCAUGAUUGCUUAUAUAAGCUGUCGGUACCUUCUGAAAGAGGAUUUAUUUCCAAAUCUGUUUCAGGGGAAGAAAUGGUUAGUUGUAACUAUUUAACUCUUUGACUACCGUUUUGGCUUGCAAGCUUUGAAUAGAAUCCAUAGAUACGUUGUUACUGCUGCUAUUCAGUUUGAAAAUAAGUUUCCUGGUUUUUUUUUUAUUCUGUAUAUUUUGUAUUUAAAUAUUGGUAUAAAUUGUAAGGCAUAUGUCGGGAUUUUUCAUCCACAGUAGGUAAAUAUGUAGAAUUCUAAACCUAUGUAAAUUUUUGCAGCUUUGGUAUAUUGGCCUAAUAUUCCUAAUCCCUUCUGAAUACUCAAGCAAUUCCCAGUUUAAUGGAUAAAUCCAUCACAUUUACGGUUAUUCAUUAAGCAGGGUAUAUCUCCCACAUUUGUAAAGUUUGCUGAAAAUCCUUGAAUUUUGCUCGUAAUUAAAAUCUAGAUGUUUACCUAAUGCAAGUAAGAGGUUAAAGGAACACUAUAGUCACCUAAAUUCCUUUAGCUAAAUAAAGCCAUUUUAGUGUAUAGAUCAUUCCCCUGCAAUUUCACUGCUCAAUUCACUGUCAUUUAGGAGUUAAAUCACUUUAUUUCUGUUUAUGCAGCCCUAGCCACACCUCCCCUGGCUAUGAUUGACAGAGCCUGCAUGAAAACAAAACUGGUUUCACUUUCAAACAGAUGUAAUUUACCUUAAAUAAUUGUAUCUCAAUCUCUAAAUUGAACUUUAAUCACAUACAGGAGGCUCUUGCAGGGUCUAGCAAGCUAUUAACAUAGCAGGGGAUAAGAAAAUCUUAAUUAAACAGAACUUGCAAUAAAGAAAGCCUAAAUAGGGCUCUCUUUACAGGAAGUGUUUAUGGAAGGCUGUGCAAGUCACAUGCAGGGAGGUGUAACUAGGGUUCAUAAACAAAGGGAUUUAACUCCUAAAUGGCAGAGGAUUGAGCAGUGAGGCUGCAGGGGCAUGUUUUAUACACCAAAACUGCUUCAUUAAGCUAAUGUUGUUCAGGUGACUAUAGUGUCCCUUUAAUUUGGAGAAUCACAUUGAAUGUGCUCAUCUGUCUCUGAGCAAAUUGGUUUCUUAAUUAAACACGGAAAUUUGCAAAACUUGCUUAUCGGCAGCUUGUUUAAAAAAUAAUAUAUAUCUCUUUGAUAUAACUGAAACGUGCAUAAUUUGAAUACUUUUACUGUGUGUUUGUGUACAUUUAAUUUUCACUAGUGUUAUAUGUAAAUAAAAUUGGGGUCCUUUUUAGACCCCCUUUUGACCAGAAGGGACCCAGCAAUAUGGUUUUUUGGUGCUGUGAUCAUUCACUUUAACCCCUUUAAUGAAUGCUAUUGAAGUGUUCACUGGUAUGAAUGGUUUACCACUUCCUUGCACAAUGUGACUUUAUCACCACCCACCCAACUAUCUAACGGACAUCCCUUUCACUCUCGUGUGGUACUUUUUGUAUAGUACAUUUUACAACCUUUGUAAGUAUGCUCCAAAUUGCCCUUAUUAUCGAAUUUUAGAUUAUUAGAAGGACUGGAAAAUUGCUAACUCAGCCUAAAAUGUGGCAAUCCUUGAUCAAUACCUGGCUGUUCCCAGUUUAGUAAAUAACUUUGUGUUCACUUUAUUAUGCGUACGUUCUCAUUAAUACAAAUAGGCAAAACGUGUUUCAUGCUGCAGUGAGUCAAUAUGUAAUGCAUGCCAACAUAGUCAAGAGAAAUAUUAGUUGUUUGACCAAGCACUGGAAUGGACAUGACAUGGUGUGGCUGUAGUAGUGCUGGUAUCUUAGAGAAAGCUGUUACUUUGGAAAUUCCCUGUUUUACAUUCUCGAGUCUAGAGCGUUCAUGAAAUUGUGCAAUACACAAAUGCCCAGUGAAUGUUCUGUGAUGGAGAACGACUUGAUAUGAAAAUGGUCAGACAAGCUCAUCCUAAAUCUCCUUUUUACAAAAUCUGUGUGUGGAAGCCGCCAUGCAUUGAAUAAAGGAAGGAUGGUCUACAGAACCAGAACACCAUGCUAACACAAGGUUUACCAAUUUGGGUUCCAUUCCUGUUCACUAAGAACAAAAAGGAAAACCCAGAGUGCUGAAAAAGUUGAUAGACAACAUAAAACAAAACCAAUAUUUCCUGGUCUAAUGAAUCUCAGUAUCUGCUGCAACCCUCGUAAGGUACAUAUCUGGCAGGUAGGUUCUGGACCCACAUUAGGCUAUGUAAUACCAUAUGAGGAUCGUGUCUGGAGCACCUUAUACAUAUGCAUUAUUUCAAGGUUGUGUCCUUUAUGACGUCAUUGUAUGACGUCAUGUCCCCAUGGCCCAUAUUGCCCAAGGAAUGCUUCCAGCUCCUCAUCUGCAAGGAUUUCAGGCAGCUCAGGAGGCAAAGAAUGUCCUUUCUUCAUACAUACUAUGUGUACUGGAUAAAGUGACCACGGAGUUUAGGCUUAGUCCAACCUACUCUCUAUAUUGUGUUGGACUACACUUCCCAUAAUUCUGAGUUAGAGGCUGGCAGAGAAAUAUGGGAAUUAUAGUCAGACAGCGGGCUGAUGACGUUUGGCUCAUCUGGUAUAGUGAAUUGCCCUGUUUACUACUAAAAUACCCAAUGUUGCUCUUCCCUUCUGAGUACAAGAACCCGUAGUUCCCUAGUUGUUAAAGACUUCUCAGAAUAUAUUUUCAAUACACCAUAGCUUUUCUCGUCACAAAAACAUAACCUAUCCCCAGAAGACCCUCACCUCCUUUCUCCAAAUAUCCAAAUCAUCCAUUUCUAUAGAUGCCUUCGUAACAAAUCCAUCUUUUAAGACACUGAAUGCCCCCCCUUCCUCCAACAGGGGGCCAUUGUUCUGCGAGUCCUGGGUUGCUGCCUAGAAAGGCCUUGUUGGUCUCUCUAGGUGAGGCAUACCAAUCUUCAGCACUCCAGAUGUUUUGGACUACACCACCCAUGAUGAUUUGCCAGUAUUAUGGGUGUAAGAACAUUAUAGGGGAUGUAGUCCACAACAUCUGGAGUGCCGAAGAUUGCAUACCCCUGCUCUCGGUCCAUCUGAAUAGAAAAUACAAUUGUAUGUUGACUAGAUCACUUACACCUUGUGAGCUUACAAAAACUGCAGCACUAUGUGAAUGAUAACCUGAUGUCACAAAUUCCUCACAAUACCCACGCAAUCCCCAUCUAAAAUGGCAUUUUGUUUACUUCAUAUGUCCCAAGAUCUACCAGGAACCAUUGUAGAGUCAACAUAGAUGGUUUGAAAUGGAACCUUAAUAAAACUUAUGGAAACCUGAACGUGCCAUUUACCAUGAUCACCAAGUGGCGCUGGUCACUUCUUAUCUUCAGAAAGGAUGUCAAAGGCAAAAUAUGGAGAUCAGGAGAACCAGACUAUAAACCUUCUACAAAAGAGACGAUUGCUUGCGUAUCCAAGAGUGGUUGUACCUCUUUAGAUUUUGCUAUGUUUUUUUUUUGAUGAACCAUUGGUGAAAUAAAGUACACAUUAAACAUUGUUUAGUCUCCCCACCCCCUCCACCUCCCCCUCCUCCCUCCACUUUUCAUUGUGUAACUCUCAUAUGUUAGGAAAUUACUCCAGAUAAGAGCCCCUCUUGCCUUCCUAUGGUAGUUUUUUUUUUUUUUUUUAUAAGGUUUAAAUGAUGGUAGGAACAAACAAUGAAUGGUUGAGUGGAACUUUCUUUUGAAGCAUAAAUUGUAGAGUACUGUGUGCUAGAAGGAAUGAUGCUAUGGAUGUAGAUCUUUAACAGAGUGCUUUGCAUAUUGCGAGCAUGAUGUCAUGUAUUCUGACCUCCCAAAGAGUGCAAUGCAUUCAUUAUCAGGUGUGAUGUCAGAGCACUGUGCUCUAUAAACUGUGACAUCAUAUGUUGCUAUGCUUCUGCUGAGGUAUGUCAAAGAUUCUGACCUUCUGCAGAGCAAUAUGUACGAUGCCAUACACUCUGACCUUUAGCAGAGCGCUUUAAGCUGUGACAUGUUCCUGCAAAGCCAUGUUCAUGAUAACAUGAUGUCAGAAAUUAUCACAUUUCCUAGAACGCUGCAUGAUGCGAUACAUUAUGACCUUUUCUAUAGCACUGUGCAGUACAUGAUGAUGUAAAAUCAUGGAUUCUAAACCGCUGAUUAGUUCUGUACCCAGCAGUCUGAUUUCCUAGCGGUCAUAAAUUCUAACUAGACCAGUGUGUGUGUGUGAUACAGUGUGGCAUUUUGGAUUCUGAGAGUGUACUGUAAACAAUACGUUGUGAUGUCACUGUUACUAAUCUCGUAGAUACUGUGGUGUGAUGCUAUAGAUUUUUUUUUUUUUUUUUUCUUUGCACUGUAGGGUGUGAGGUUAUAGACUCUGAAUAAAGUUUAGGAAGUGUGGACACGUUGCGUGGUGGUGGGGUGUUGAUAAUCUCUCCUUCCUUGUGCCCCUUUUAUGUUAAUUAUAUUGUAGUAUCAUUUGAAAUGCAUGGUUAUUUUGUUGUCUGACCACUGUGCUUUUGUAAUAAGUGAGAUGUCAAUACUAGUUAGUCUCAAAGCAGGUAUCUUGCCCUCGAGCACUUUCAGUUGUUUAGAUAUUAAAUGACUUGUUAUUUUAGAUUCUAUUUCUAACCGCCAGCCACAGAUCAUCCUAGGGAUGAGGCCUAAUUAGCAUCCCAAAUGUCUUAACGAUUUUGUAUUGUAAACUAAGAAAAUAAUAUUGGUAUCUGUCUAAAGCUCCCAGCUAUAUGCAUUUUUAAAAAGUAAAAUAAACACACACACUAAGGAACAGUGCAUACACAAAAACAGAAGUGUGUGUGUGUGUGUGUGUGUGUGUGUGUAAAAUAUUUUUUUUAUUUUCAUCAUGCCAGGCAAUCAUCUUCCAUUGCUCCAUGGUCCAAUUCUGACCCUCAUGUCCACAUGGAAGGCGCUUUCGUCAGUGGACAGGGGUCAUCAUGGGCGCUCUGUGCAGCAUUAAGUGUUUCAGUAAUUUGAGCUACAGUAGCUUUUUUUGUGUGAUCGGACUAGACGGGUUAGCCUUUUCUCCCCGCGUGCAUCAGUAUAUGUGAUCCUGAUGCCGGUUCAUCGGUUACCCUUCCAGCACACUUCUGGUAGGUACUAACUUGCUGUUUUGGAGAUGCUCUGACCCAGUCGUCUAGCCGUCACUAUUUGGCCGUUGUCAAAGUCACUCGGAUCUUUUCACUUGCCCAUUUUUCCUGCUUCCAUUACAUGAAAUUCAUGAACUGACUAUUCAUUUGCUGCCUAGGAUAUCUUAACCCUUGACAGGUGCUGCUGUAACAAUAUUAUUAAAGGACCACUGUAGUGCCAGGAAAACAUACUUGUUUUCCUUGCACUAUAGUGCCCUGAGGGUGCCCCCACCCUCAGGGACCCCCCUCCCGCCAGGCUCUGGGGAGAGGAAGGGGUUAAAAUCUUACCUUUCUCCAGCACCGGGCGGGGAGCUCGGCUCUUCUCCUCUUUGGCUGCAUGCAUGGCAGGAGCUGUGUGCGCCUUCAGCCAGUCUCAUAGGAAAGCAUUCAUAAUGCUUUCCUAUGGACGCUUGUGUCUUCUCACUGUGAUUUUCACAGUGAGAAUCACGCAAACGCCUCUAGCGGCUGUCAAUGAGAGGCUGGAUUAACCCAUUUAUAAACAUAGCCAUUUCUCUGAAACUGCUAUGUUUAUAAAAAAAAAAAAAUGGGUUAACCCUAGCUGGACCAGGCACCCAGACCACUUCAUUAAGCUGAAGUGGUCUGGGUGCCUAGAGUGGUCCUUUAAUGUUAUUCACUUCACCUGCCAGUGGUUUUAAUGUUGUGGCUCAUCAGUGUAUAUUUAAACUAUAUUUGGGAGUCUUCGUUUAUUUUGCUAGGAGGUCUUCCCCUGUUGGAACACGUAUGGCUAUUCCUGUCUAUAAAAGUGGGUGCGACUAUACAGUUAUAAAAUUUGCUGUUUCGUGGUAGAUGUUACACAGAAUGCUUUUGCCCUGAAAAUAGAACUUUUUCUCCUAAAUAGGGCCCAGUUUCUUUCUGGGUCCUCUGGGCAAAACCCAAGAGGAUGUCAAAACAUGCUAGAUAGUUUUCCAUAAAGGGAAACUAUGUUUGUAAAAAAUAUGUAUAUGUUUGUUUAAUGCGUGCAAUUAACCAUUACAAAAAUAUGUAUUUAAUAAAAUGUGCUCAAAUAUUUCCUAAACCCUGAAAACGCACCAUUUAGUAGCUGCGGAGCUAACCUUUGCAGGUAAUGAAGAUCAAGGCUCUUUUUUUCCCAGCAAAACCUUGUUAGUGCUUGGCACUAUCCAAUUAAAUGCUUCACAUAGAGAAACACUGAGGACAACUCUCCAGUCCAAAGCUUCUCAUAGAGAUGUGUGGUGACAUUUAGAAUCUUAAUAAUAAUUAUUAUUAAAUAUAUUUAAAAAAAAAAACAUACUUUCUGGUAGUAUUUAAGGUGCUGCAUUUAAAUAUUCACUUAAAAUGGUGGCUUGCUAUAUAAUGAUAUCAUGGCUAAAAUGUAUUUUAAUGCUCAGCUAAGAGGGAGUUGGCCAUAACAACAGGUGAAAUUUUUAUUUAUCUCAGUAAUUAUCUCUGCCUUUUAAAAAAAAAAGGUCUGCAAAGAUAGGAUUUAUCCACCACAACCACUUCAUUCACAUGAAGAGGUUAUAGUGCUUGGCGUAACCCUGUAAAUAACGUGUGCUUUAGGGUGUCCCAUUUAUAUAUUUUUUGGGACUAUUUAAUUGGCAUUGUAGUGGAGCAAUCGCCAUGGAAACCAAUGGAAUGUUACUGCUGAUUGCUUCACUUCUAGAACUUUGUUCCGCAACAUCUCGGUAUACAUAACCCCUAUUGUGCUAAGUAUUGACUUCUCUGAUACAGUGAUCUAAGUCAGGGAUUCCCAACCCACAAUUCCCAACACACUCUGUUAUGACCAUCAUUCCUGGAUGUAACUUGAGAAUUGAGAAAUUCAUUAGGAUACAUUUCUAUCUGUAUAACUGAUCCGCCUUUUUUUUAUUUUAUUUUUUAUUGCAUACAUUUUUAUUUCAUUUUUUCCAAGAAUGUUGCCAAAUAAGUUGCAUUGCAUACACCAUAAGGACGGUGAAAAGUCAUAUAUAUAUAUAUAUAUAUAUAUAUAUAUAUAUAUAUAUAUAUAUAUAUAUAUAUAUAUAUAUAUAUAUAUAUACACACACACACACAGAAGGGACCUUAGCACAGACAUGUCGCUUACAGUGGUUAGCCCUGUAACAGACAAUAGCAUAUUGGAAUAACCGUUUCAGUUCCAUAAGGGAGACGCAGUAUAUUACAUUGUAAUGUUAGAUUAGCUGGUGCACAACAUCGUUGAAAGAAGCUUGGUUGCUCAAUGUGGGUUGCUAUCAUCUAAUAGACAUCACAAUUGCACUCCAUGGCAUAUUGAUCUCCUUUUUUAGAUUUACCAAGAAAUUAUUUAAGCGGCUCUGUCACCCCCUCCAAAAUCAGUAUUUCAUAAAGAUAACCAGUGAAGUCUGUAGAGGGGAGUAAGCAUUGUCUAUAGAGGAUCCAUAGACCUCAGUGUUCUACUCUUCAGCAUACGUAAUAGUUAAAAAUCAACAUUAGCUCAUGGUAGAUGAAGCACCAUCAGCUAAAGGGGACCAUCGGGAUGAAGAUGGUGGCAUCCCCGACGGACAGGUUCAGGUAAGUAAAACUAACUUUUUCCUGCAGACACCACACUGCAAGUGAAGCAGUCCCCAUCGGAGGUCUUUUCAAAAUAUGCAGAGACACCAGAUGGUGGUAGAUCAACUUUGAAAGCAAAUGUUUUUGCUUCUUGUCCUUCUAAAAAUGUGUUAAUAUAAUAUCUAGUACAUGACUAAAAAGGGACAUACAACAUUUGCUACAUUUGCUUAGCACUGAGAGAAUGCAACUAAAUCCUUGUUGUAUGUAAAUACAGGAAGUAAAAAUGUUUGAAACUUUCAUUGUUCUUGAAGGUGCCAAAAAUCAUUUCUGUGGGUUUCUCAUGAAUUUUCAGGCAGCUAAAGUUGAUACAGUGCUCCAAACGGGAUGUUUCGCAUUUCCAUGGCUGCUAUGACAACAUCAAGUUUUGUGCUUCCAUACAUCUUGAAGGUCUAAAACACUUUAGAAUUAUUGAAGAUGCAACCUAAGCAUCAUGAGUGCUAAAGUGGUUAUGAUGCCAGGAGUCACCCUGGCUCCAACCCACUGUUAAAGAGUGAAAUUAUUUUAGAAUGUUUUAUCAUUUACCUGCGUCCCCAGGAUGCCUGAAUGUAUUUGACAGUUUAUCAUCUCUAUAAUCUUUGCCAGGGAUCUCCACCUCCCUCUUCUUAAAAGUCAACAAUGAUCAGGUUCUUUCUGAUUACAAAACAACUUCUCCAAAAAUCAGAUACACGGUGACAUGCAAGGCUUCUUGAAAUGUUGUAAGCGUUUUCCGUGUUUUUUAAUUGAGAAAAAUAAAUGAUCGCCUAAGGGAAAUUAUCUUCCUGUAUAAAUAAUGAUUUACAGAUCAUGUUAUCAAAUGAAAUAUACAAUUAUCAUCUUUCACUUGUGAUAAUAUUGUUUAGGUAAGCAUUGGGAGCAAACUGCUCUGGCGUACUGUGGCAGUAAUUGCUAAUGUUAAUAUAGCUGUGCACAACCAAGAGCUAAGUGUAAUAAAUGUUUUUCUAAUUUUAGGGGACACUCCAAGCACCAGAAGGACUUUGCUUCUUGUGUCUGUAAUUAUGCAAGCUGCUACCUGGCCCUUCAUUCAUCAUAUUCAUUAUAACCAUAGCAAGUUGCAAACCUUUUAUACAACUUUUUCCCUCCUAAUUAUACAGAAUCCUGUGUGUUGAGUGAUCAGGCUAUAUCAUUUGUAAAGUCUCAUGGUCACUUUUGGUCAUGUUUUGCGAAGAUCCCUCCCCAUCAAGUUUGCACUUUAUGUGAACUCAUUGCUUCUUGGUAAAGACUUCUCUUGAAUCUAGGUCUUCAUCUUCUGGUUUCUUCAUCUUCCAAGAACUGAUAUGUACUAAUUGAUAAGGGGGUGGCUAUGAAAGAACCUACAGAAUACCUUCCGCUACACAUGAGAAGCUCUUGCAUGGGAAGAUGUCUUCUCCCAUCAGCCUUCAUUAACAGUGUAUGAUCUUCAACAUCAGCAUCCCAUAAAGUGGUAUGCUUUAAGGUGGGACAAAAGGCACAAAUUGCACCUAGCAGCUCCCAAAGGAUGCGACCCUGCCCAAAUAGGGGGACAGCCCACCUGAAGAACAGGAAAGUCAGCCUGGAUUGUACACAUCAUGCUGACUGCCUAUCACUCAAGCUGGCCCACUAGGGGCAGAUUAUGCAGAGAACUCUGUUACAGAACUCUCUGCAUGGUCCUAGCGUCCAGAGCACAGCACAACCAUUUCUAAUGAUGCUACUACGCUUUGUAGGAACAAUUACCUUGUGUCCCUGGAAGUGGCACACGUGGUAAUAGACUUGGAAUGGUGGACCUCAAAAUAGGGACUAUUCUUCUAAAAUUGGGACAGUUGGGAGGCCUGACAAUGUUUCAGCCAUUAACAAAUUUUAACAAAAACUUGGUUAUACACAAGUCAAAGUGGUCCCUAAUUCAUCUCAUGAUGUUUUUUGUGUUUUGUUUUUUAAAUAAUUUACCAGGAAAUUUCUGUGAAAUUCCAAGGUAGUCAUUAUAACUCUUUCAAAAGUUUGUCUUUAUGAAAACUUCAAGUAACCGUGCCAUUUUAAGUAACUUGUGUGGAGCGUCUCAUAGAUUUUAAUGAAAAAAGCAUAACCACCACAUCUGAGUCUCUGGGUGCUGCCUCCUGGUUCUUUGUGAAACCGUUUUAUGAUGGUAUUUUCAGCCAAUCACAGCUGCCCAAGUCAGAUAAAAUUUAGACUGAUAAAGUGCAAGCAUAAAUCAUGCAUUGGAGAAACUGUUUAGAAAGUGACGGCCUCUAGGUGCCAUUAAGAAAAUGUUUUGUUUUUGUUUGUUUUUCAAACCACUCCAAAGUGGUGUCACGGUUUUGGACUGACCUCAUUGCCAUGGGAACUUCACCGAGCAUCUUUCUUACCUAACCAGUGGCCUGGUCUGUAAGCAUUAGAGACGCAUGGCUGCUGCGUGCCAGAGCCUUUCCCUUGUUUCUGAAACUCACAAAUGUGCAUGCGACAUUACGUUGACUUCAUGCGCACAUGUUCCAGUGUCAUAUGACCUCUUUGGGCCAGUCAGAGCCUCCUUUUGUUAUUUGAACCCAGUCUAGUCAGUUUUCAUUGUCUCUAUAUGGUUUCCUGUUUGGUUAUCUGACAGCAUGUUAUUUCUAUUGAUUCUUGUGUAUUUUGACCUUGGCUUGUUGUUUGACUAUUCUGACAUCUUUAUCCCUUGACUUAUGGCUUGUCUGCCGUUUAGGAACAUUCUGUUUCCCUGAUCUUCAUCCUGUCCUGUAAUAUUCUAUAUUAAUGUUAAAUCUAACAAUUCUAAUGUCCGUUAAUGUGUUUUUAGAGUUUCUUUCUUUAUAUUUGUUACUUAAAAGAACACUAUAGUCACCAAAACAACUUUAGCUUAAUUAAGCAGUUUUAGUGUAUAGAUCCUGCCCCUGCAGUGUCACACUGCUCAAUUCUCUACCAUUUAGGAGUUAAAUCACUUUUUUUUUUUUUUUUUUCUGUUAAUGCAGCCCUAGCUACACCUCCCUUGGCUGUGACUGACAGAGCCUGCAUGUAAAAAAACAGGUUUCAUUUUCAAUCUGAUUACCUAUGAUUUUAUCUCCUGCUCUGAAAAUGUAACUUUAAUUACACACAGGAGGCUCCUGCUGGGUCUACCAAGGUAUUGAAAGCAAACCAGUUUUCCUGGCACUAUAGCUUUCCCCUCCAUUAAGCCCACUCCCUUGUGGUGCAGAAGGCAGUGGCGUACAUACCAGGGUCGCAGGGGUCGCGGCUGCGACCGGGCCCGGCCCACCAGGGGUAAAACUUAGAUUUUUCCAGCGCUGGGCGGAGAGCUCUUCUCCUCCGAUCCUCCUCUUCUCCUCCCCGUCGGCUGUAUGCGCACGCGCGGCAAGAGCUGCGCGCGCAUUCAGCCGGUCACAUAGGAAAGCAUUCAUAAUGCUUUCCUAUGGACGCUGGCGUGCUCUCACUGUGAAAAUCACAUUGAGAAGCACGCAAGCGCCUCUAGUGGCUGUUAAUGAGACAUCCACUAGAGGAAAUAGGGGAAGGCUUAAAAAUGGGUUAACCCUAGCUGGACCUGGCACCCAGACCACUUCAUUAAGCUGAAGUGGUCUGGGUGCCUAGAGUGGUCCUUUAAGUGUGUGUGCAUCUGCAUGCACUGGCGUACAUACCGCGGUCGCAGGGGUCGCAGCCCUGUAACCCCUGUGACCAGGUGCCCACCGCCAUGUGUUGCGGCCCGGCCACGAGCACGGAUCAAUUUUCGCACCGGGGCCCCAUGGGUCAUGUGUACGCCACUGGCAGAAGGGGUUAGAAACCCCUAUGGUCACUUAUCUGGGUCUAGUGCAGUGGGACUGCCUUCUCUCCACGCUCGCAUUAGGAUUUACCCAUAGGAAAGCAUAAUUCAGUGCUUUUCAAUGCUGUCCUGUGGGGUUUUGGGUGGUGUUUGACAUCCCCAUGCAUAGCAUGAGGUCGUCCUGCAUCAUUUAGGUGACCAGAAGUCGUUCUAGUGGCUGUCUGGUAGAAGGCCACUAGAAGUGGAGUUAACCCUAGCAGGCAAUAAUUACUUACUCAGGGUUAAGAGACCUGGGACAGUGCACCCAGACCACUUUAAUGAGCUGAAGUUGUCUGGGUGCCUAUAGUGUCCCUUUAACAGAGCAAGAGAUAAGAAAAUCUAAAUUAAAAAGAAUUUGCAAUAAAGGAAGUAUAAACAUUAGAUGACUCUUUACAGGAAGUGUUUAGGAAGGGUGUGCACGUCCAGGGCCGGCCUUAGGCAAUUAGGCGCCCUGUGCAAAAAGUCUUCACGGCGCCCCCCCCACCUCCCACCAAGUUGCCUGAAUACAGUAACACACACAGGCACCGGGGGCGUGUGUAUCACGAGGCAAACAAGGCAUCUGCCUUGGGCGCCACUUUGCAGGGGGCGGCAAAAAAAAGCAUCCCUCCAAACCCCCAGGCAGAUCCCUUGCUUGCCUCGCAUCCUGGGGGGCUCAAGAGCUGACCGGCUGGCCACUUUUGAGCCCCCCCCAAGGCUGGCAGCGGGCAGCGAAGGAGCAUACUCACCUGAGCUCUUCCUGCUCAGCUUCCUCUGCGCCGCUUAAUGAAGCCGGGAGCCAGACUAUGACGUCAGUCCGGCUCCCGGCAUCACUAAGCGCUGCUUACUCAGCCUGUGCGCCCCCUGCCUGCCUGCCCAGCAGCCACACUGGACUGCUGGUAAGAAAUCCACUCCAGCUUUCCCAGGGAGGCUGGGUGGAUUUAAAAUAAAUGUAAAAAAUAUUAGUUUGUGAGUGUUAGUGGAAAUGUCUGUGAGUGUUUAUUUUGAAGUGAAUGUGUGUGUGUAAUUGUGUGUGUCUGUAAGUGAAUGUGUGUGUGUCUGUGAGUGAAUGUGUGCGUUGGUCAGUGAGUGUAUAUGUGUCAGUCAGUGAGUGUGUAUGUGUCAGUCAGUGAGUGUGUAUGUGUCAGUCAGUGAGUGUGUAUGUGUCGUCAGUGAGUGUGUAUGUGUCGUCAGUGAGUGUGCGUCUGUCAGUGAGUGAGCGUCUGUCAGUGAGUGAGCGUCUGUCAGUCAAAGUGCGGCCUUGACAGGAAGGGGUGGGGGAAAUUUAAACUCGGUUACAGGCAUGUACACACACACACUCAGUUAAAGGCAGUCACACAUACAGGCACAGGCACAAACAAUGGCACAGCUACAGCGACACACACAGACAGACAGUCACAUAGGCAGUCACACACACAGACAGACAGUCACAUAGGCAGUCACACACACAGACAGACACACAGUAACACACACAUAGACAGUUAUACACACACAGGCAGGCAGUCACACACAGACAGAUAGUUACAGACAGACACACACAGGCAGGCAGGCAGUCACAUACAGGCAGUCACACACACAGGCAGUCACACACACAGACAGUCACACAGACAGACAGUCUCACACACACAGGCAGUCACACACACGGGCAGUCACACACACGGGCAGUCACACACACGGGCAGUCACACAGACAGACAGUCACACACACAGGCAGUCACACACACGGGCAGUCACAUACAUGGGCAGUCACACAGACAGACAGUCACACACACAGGCAGUCACACACACACAGAUACAGACAGUCACACAAACAGGCAAACAGUCACACACACACACAGACAGUCACACGCACACAGGCAGGCAGUCACACAGACAGACAGUCACACACACACACAGACAGACAGUCACACAAACAGGCAGUCACAUACAUGGGCAGUCACACAGACAGACAGUCACACACAGGCAGGCAGUCACACACAGAGACAGUCACACACACACACACACACACACACACAAGGACAGGCAGUCACACAGACAGUCACACACACACACACACAGACAGUCACACGCACACAGGCAGGCAGUCACACGCACACAGGCAGGCAGUCACACAGACACACACACAGACAGACAGUCACACAAACAGGCAAACAGUCACACACACACACUUACCUCUUUCCAGUGGAUGCAGUUGGCUGAUGGGGAAGCAUCUUUCCCUCUUCCUGUACAGCAGGGGCUUCGGGAGGUAUUAGCCCCGUCUCCGCCUCUCGAUAAGCCCCGCCUCCGCCGCUCGGUAAACCCCGCCCCCUCUGCCGCGAUUUUUUUUUUUUUAAAUAGACCUGGGUGGAGAACAAUUAAUCCUCCAGCCAGGUACCUCUUUUAGCUCCCCUGCACUCCGGCCAUGAGUGAGCUGUGUCGGCCACAGGGCGCCCCCUGUUCCAUGGCGCCCUGUGCGGUCGCACAGCUCGCACACCCCUAAGGCCGGCCCUGUGCACGUCACAUGCAGGAGGUGUGACUACAACUGUAUAAACAAAGUGAUUUAACUCCUAAAUGGCAGAGAAUUGAGCAGUGAGACUGUAGGGCAUGAUUUAUACACCAAAACUGCUUAAUUGAGCUAAAGUUGUUUUGGUGACUAUAGUGUCCCUUUAAGUUCUGCGUGUCGGGUGUUAGACUAUCUUGACAAAUGGUUUGAGUAAGAAUCAGUGUGAGUUUCAUAAAGACUACUGGCAUUGUAACCAUGUCACUGAGUGCCUUUUAGGAUACUAGGCAAGGGAACAUAAGCUGCCUUAUGAAAACUGUACUCACUGGAAGAGUAAUUUUAUGAAUUAAUGAAAUAAUAAUGACUUUAAAAAGACAUUUGAUGAAUACACUAUUAGGCGAUGGUGUUGGUGUAAACUCCGUGUGUAGGUGUAAUAUAUAUAUAUUUUUAUUUUUUUUAAGUUUCGAGAAUAGCAGAGAUUGUGGGGAGAUCAUGUGGUAUUCUGCCCCCACUGGUGGAUAGGGUCCAGGGGAGUGCUUUUAGGGGUGUUUGUGUUUGUUCUAUUUCGACCCACGCUUUUUUAACUCCUUCUCUGGAACACUCUAAUAUCCUUCCCAAGUGGAUUGCCCUGUGGUAGUUUUGGAUGUUUGGACAACCCAGUCCUCCUUUCUCCUUUGGUUUAGUCAGUAAGUUAAGGGCUAUCCGAGGAUGUUUCUUUGCCCAAAUGAAAGAUGUAAGCAUUGUCUGGAUCGUGCAGAAAAAAAUUAUUAGGAAUGUGCAUUGGGAUUGUAUUUAAGAGAUACAGGAUACGUGGGAGUAUAUUCAUUGAGAUAAUGUUUAUACGUCCCAUCCAUCGAAAGUGUGGUUUGUCCCAUCUAAGUCUUUCUUUAUGGCUGAUAGUAGGUCUGGAAAGUUCGCUUUGUAUAGAGUCUUGUGUGUGUGUGUGUGUGUUUUGGUAAUUUGUACCCCUAAAUAUUUAAUGGAGUGUUUCGCCCAUUGGAAUGGAUAGGCUUGCUGCAGUCUUUGUACUUUGUGGGAGGGCACAUUGAUAUUUAGGAUUUCACACAUGUCUACAUUAAUUUUGAAGUUGGAUAACUCGCUAUAUUUAUUUAAGACCUCUGUCAAGUGGGGGAGACUGUGUUUAAUGGAUGUUCAAUGGUGAAUAAUAAAUCAUGGGCAAAAGCCGAUACUUUAUACUCUUGUUUCUGGACCCUGAUACAUUGUAUGUUGGAGUGCUUGCAUACUUCCUGCAAGAGGGGUUCUAGGGAUAAAAUAUACAGGAGUGGUGAUAACUGGCAUCCCUGUCGGGUGCCGUUGCUUAUCUUGAAUGGUCUGGAAAGUUGACCAUUAACCUUUAAUCGAGGGUGGGAGUAUAUUGCUUUGAUCCAUUGUAGCCAUCUGUUUCCAAAACCCAUCGUCUCAAGUGUGGUUAAAAGAAAGGUCCAGUCCACCCUGUCAAAGGCUUUUUCUACGUCAAUUGCCAGGAGUAAGGUCGGGAUUUGUGUGAGACAUGGUUAAUCAAAUUUAUAAUUUUGGAGGUGUUAUCUUUUGCUUCCCUGGCUGGAACAAAGCCUGCCUGAUUAGGGUGGACCAGUCCUUGGAGAAAGGGUUUGAGCCUAGACGCCAGCAUCUUAGUAAAGAUCUUGACGUAUACAUUAAUAAGAGAUCGGCCUAUAGCUGGCUCAUUUCUCUAGGUCUUUCCCUGAUUUGGGCAAAAGUGUGAUCGUCGCCUCUAAGGCUUGGCUUGGUAUUUGAUUGUGGUGUGGGAUAGAAUUUAUUGCCUCCGAUAGGUGUGAGUUAAGCUCUGUUUGGAACGUCUUAUAGUACGUGGCUGAAAACCCGUCAGGGCCUGGGCUUCUAUUAUGCGGGGUCUGUUUCAAUGCCAGUCUAAGUUCGUAAAUGGUGAAUGGUUCCUCUAGUGAUCUUGUUGCCGCUGGGGGAAGUAUUAAGUCGAAUUUGUUCUCUAAGUAAUUUUUUAUUUCUUUAGUACUAGAUUCUCUCCCCUUCAAAUUGUACAGUUGUUUUUGCGUUUUUAUGUAUCCCUUUCUUAAAGGGAAAAAAAAAAAUACAAUUCAUAAAGUAUAUACUGCUUUCAGGGUUUUUUAAUCUAUACUUUUAAAAUGUUUUCUAAUAUGACUAGCACUGACAAUUUUGGCAGCAAAUUUCAAUUUAGUUUUAGUCAUAGUCUUUUGACUAAAAAGCCUUUUUAUGUUUUAAUGGUAUUUUAGUCAUCUGAAUUGUUUUAGUCAACUAAAUCUCUUGGUCAACACAACUAAACUCGUUUGGUUAAAGCCUCUCUUUUGCCUCUUCCUCAGCUCCUCUGCGCAGUGGCGUACACUUGACCCAUGGGGCCCCGGUGCGAAAAUUGAUCCGUGGGCCCCGCGCGGGCCGGGCCACAACACAUGGCGGUGGGCACCUGGUCGCAUGCAGAUGCACACACACUUAAAGGACCACUCUAGGCACCCAGACCACUUCAGCUUAAUGAAGUGGUCUGGGUGCCAGUUUCAGAGAAACUGCUAUGUUUAUGAAUGGGUUGAGCCUUCCCCUAUUUCCUCUAGCGGCUGUCUCAUUGACAGCCGCUAGAGGCGCUUGCGUGCUUCUCACUGUGUUUUUCAGUGAGAGCACGCCAGCGUCCAUAGGAAAGCAUUAUGAAUGCUUUCCUAUGUGACCGGCUGAAUGCGCGCGCAGCUCUUGCCGCGCGUGCGCAUACAGCCGACGGGGAGGAGAGCUCUCCGCCCAGCGCUGGAAAAAGGUAAGUUUUACCCCUUUUCCCCUUUCCAGAGCUGGGCGGGAGGGGGUCCCUGAGGGUGGGGGCACCCUUAGGGCACUAUAGUGCCAGGAAAACGAGUAUGUUUUCCCGGCACUAUAGUGGUCCUUUAAAGGACCACUACAGACACCCAGAUCACAUCAGCUCAAUUAAGUUGUCUGGGUGUCAGGUCCCUCUAGUUUUAACCCUGCAGCUGAAAACAUAGCAGUUUCAGAGAAACUGCUAUGUUUCACUGAGGGUUAAUCCAGCCUCUAGUGACUGUCUCACUGACAGCCGCUAGAGGAGCACACUGAACGUCCAUAGGAAAGCAUUACUCGGUUUGAAUGCGUGCAUGGUCGCAUUUGGAGCUGAGAGGCUGAGGUAUCCCCAGCGCCAAGGGAGUCCGGCGCUGGAGAAAGGCAAGUGCUGAAGACACACACACACACUUACAGACGCAUACACACUAGCUAACAGACACACACAUUUACUGACAGAGACACAGCGACAGACAGACAUACACACUCACUUACAAAACAUACACUCUCAUUGACAAACACACUCACUAACAGACAUCAAACAGACUCACUAACACACACUCAGUAAGACACACACAGUAACACACUCACUGACACUCACUAGCAGACACACACUAACACUCACACUCACUAGCAGACUCACAGACACUCACACACACUAACACUCACACACACUAACACUCACACACACUAACACUCACACACACUAACACUCACACACACUAACACUCACUAACACUCACUCUCACUAACACUCACUCUAACACUAACACUAGUUUUUUUUUAAUUUAAUCCCCCCCAGCCUCCUUACCUUUUGGAGUGCUGGGGGGGAUUCCCUGGGGUCCAGGCGGGUGGCCGGUCGGGCAGGCGGGCACGCGAGGGAGCAUUCAGUGCUUCCUCUUCAGCUCUCUUGCGCGCCGCAUAGGGAUGCCGGCGCCGGAAGAUGAGGUGGUGCGCGAGGGAGCUGAAGAGGAAGCACUGAGUGCUCCCUCGCGCUCCCGCCUGCCCGACCGGCCACCCGCCUUCCGCGUGGCAGGGCCAGCCUCGGGGGGCCCUGAGGUGGUCGGCUCCUGGGCCCCCCAGGAGAAGAGGCUGGCCCUGUGGGUACAUACCGGGUCGCAGGGGCGGCCGGGCCUGCGACCCUGGUAUGUACGCCACUGCCUCUGCGUCUCUGUGUUCUACAGCCCCUGUAGGUGUCUCUCUCCCAAGCCCUGAUCUGUCUCUUUUUCCCCUUCCACAGCCCCUCUAUGCAGUAUUAAUUUGGUGGCAAAUUUUAAAUAAGUUUUAGUCGGAUUUUAGUCAUCUGAAUUGUUUUAGUUUUAGUUGAUUAAAUCUCAAAAAUGUUAGUCGACAAAAGUAACACUGAUUACUAGAUAAAUUUCAUUGGGUUCCUGAAGCAUAUUCUUGCCUGGCAGGCGGGGCGUGUUGACACAAUGACCCAGCAUAUGUUGAUCUAAUAAUACUUUUUCUGUGCAGAUCUGAGUAACUCUGUAAAUAUAGAACUCUACCGUGAUAUCAAAAGGUUACAUAGAAAGCACAUUAAUAGAGUUAUGUAAUAAAUUGGGAAUCGCAAAGGAAGUGCAUAUUUUAGGUAGAAAUGCCAGAACAAGAAAAAUAUGAAAUGUUAGCUGUUUUUGGCAUUUAUUUUACAAUUUAGACCUGUUCCUGAACUAUGAGGUAUGUUAUAUGGGGGUUCCACUUGUGACAACAGGAGUGACUCAGUGAAUAACAAUUAGCAAAUGAGUUUGAAUUAGUGCUUUUCAUUUAUAAAUAUUCUGGAUUCUAUACAUCGACUGUAAACCAGAAUCUGAAUGUUUUAGUAAAUCCGAGAAUUGCCUUUCUGAUAGGAAUUCAGUAUUUAUUUAUUUAUAUUAUUAUUAUUAUUUUUAUUUUUUUUUAUUGAAUUCUGUUAACCAGACAAAAUUUGGGAUUUAGUGAAUAUCCCCUAAUGUAGAUGGCUGGUUAUGUUAACAAUUAGCAUUGGAUGCCAGGAGAUCUGGUGAGAGCAGAUGACUCUUUUAUUGAAAUUGUUUUAGGACCGUGAAAACACAGAGCAUAAUACAACUGGGGUCUUUAGGAAUAGAUCUCUUUUUGAAAAAUGAAUUGGCUGAAACAAGGGUCCGUUUGAACACAAGGUGGCUUGAACCAGUGAUAACUGGCCUAGCAUAUUCCCACCCACGUAGUGACCUGGAAGUGUAUUGAGAAGAAUUCUUGACGUUCUACUCGCUGAUACUUGAACUUUUCCGAACUUAUUUGUAAUCUAAACUCAACUGGAUCCUUCCAGUAAAACCAGUUAGACAAGCUAAUAGAGGCCAUGCUAUAAGGAGUUAGAGCAUACCAAAUAUGAAACGGAGCAUACAACUUCCAUUUACCAAUGCUGCCAGGGUUUCCUCUUGUAGCAAUGGUGGCUAUUCUGCUGAAAUCUCCAAACUGGCAGGAAAGCUUGACCUUGCCAAACAAGCAACAUUAAGCAAUCAAGUCCACUUCAAUGCUGACAACAGAUAUAGUAAAAAAAAUAAUAAUAAAAUAAAAUAAAAAAUCUUUAUUUUUAUUGAUUUUAAAUUGUCCAUAAAUUGUGUCCCCCAACAAUAACAGCCACAGUGAGCAAUGGAAAAGAUCACAAGUUUAUAAAUAGCAUCGCUAUAACAUGUUUAAUGUGGUUCCUCAUCGUUUAUGAUUUAAAAUGUAUAGUGAUAUAGUUGCUGAUGCUGGGCUACAAUAUUAUGAGCAACCUUUAUGCUCUAUUUUUACUUCUUGGGAUUCCAUCUGUCAAGAUUAAGGAUAACACUCCUGCAGUGAUUUACAAUAUUUUAAGACAAUUCCAGAUAUUACUCACCAAAACAACUUUAGCUUGUCCCUGCAGGCUUUUUAGCGUAAACGCUGCCUUUUCAGAGCAAUAACAAUGUUUACAUUGCAGCAUAGGAACACCUCCAAAGGCCACUCCUCAAAUGGCCACCAGAGGUGUUUUUCUGGCCUCCAUGCAGCGGGUGGAGACACUGACAUUCAGUGUCUCCACCCGCUGCAUGGAGACACUGAACGCUAUCCAUAGAUAUACGUUAAUUUAUUGCAUCUCUAUGAGGAGAUGCUGACUGGCGAGGGCAGUGUUUGGCACCGCCCUCACCCCACCUUGCUUGAGAUCAUCGGAAUUGACAAUGUCAGCCAAUGCAAUGCAUUCAUAUUGGAAAGCAUUGUGAUUGGCCGAGAUGAUCAAUUCUGAAGAUGUCUACCAAGGAGGCGGAUCAGGGGCAGGUAAGUGCCGGUGGACCCAGGCAGCUCUGGAAAAAGGGAAAACAUUUUUUUUAAAUGUUUCUUUUUAUUUAAGGGGGGCAAGGGACUAUACAUGUGUGUUUAAUACUAUAGGGUCAGGAAUACACAUUUGUGUCCCUGACCUUUGUGUUCCUUUACUGAAGCAGUUUUGAUAUACAGAUCAUGCCCCUGCAGUCUUGAUGCUCCGUUAUCUGCUAUUAAUGAGUUAAAUCACUUUGCUUAUGCUGCCCUAAUCACACCUCCCUGCAUGUGACUUGCACAGCCUUCCUAAACACUUCCUGUAAAGGGUCAUCUAAUGUUUACACUUCCUUUAUUGCACAUUGUGUUUAAUUUAGAAUUUCUUUUCUUCUCCACUUUUAAUUGCUUUCUUGAGUUUCUUGGAAACCUGUUUGUCAUUAAAGUUCAAGAUCAGGAGAUAAUAACUUCUAAAGCAAAUUCAAGAUAUUUGGGCUUCGCUGCUCAAUGGUAUUAAUUUAAAUAAGCGAAGCAGGACCAUGGAAUAAGAUGAGCAUGAUCUCCUGAGUUAAUUUGCUUCUUUGCAGUUUUAAAAUGCCCAGUUAAUAUAUUGUUCUCUGUGCUUCUCCUUUCAAAGCAAAAAUAUGGGAACUCUGUGUUCUCUGUAAAUAUAGGGAACUGAGAUGGUUCCCAUUCGAUUUCCUCUGCACAAGAGCCCUGAGCAGAAUCUUGAACGGACAUGUUGAAGAUCAUAAUAAUUAGGUUUAUUUUGUGAGAAGUCUUUGUAAUAGAUUUUGCUGUUUUAAUUGUAGUUAUUUUCCCCUCCUUUAAGCAGGUCGGCAGCAUGAUGUGGGCAGUGUGUAUGUUAUUGCUUCAGGCCAUUACAGCCACCAUUGGGAAUAUCCUGGACCCUCAGAAACUCCCUGAAAUUAAUAAAUCAGGAGAAGGUGAGGACACCUUUACAUUUUAAUAUUUUAUACAUUUGUGUUUGGAAGUUGGGUUUUUUUUUUAUGUUCACCUUACCUUGUAUUCCAUUACUUUGACACAAAAGUACAAAUAAAUAAUUGUACCUUUCCCUUGCCCACAUCUACAGUUCUGUUCAGAUAAAAGUGAUGCUGACCUCCAGUGCUGAAAUAUAUUUGUAGGUGCUCUUGUCUAUGUUUACCAUUGUCUUCAUAACUCCCAAAUGUGACCGGCUUCAUACAAGGAAACAUGUCCCAACAUAAAUGGCAUAAACUGGGACAGAGGUUGAGUGGCCUAAACAGGGCCGGUGCAAGGAUUUUUGCUGCCCUAGGCAACAAUCAAUUUUUCUGCCCCCCCCCCCAUAAAUGUACUACAUUCCAUCAGCGGUUUAUUCACUAAACUCUGAAUUGCAGUGAAGAGACACUUAUUGAAAGAGACACAAUGAGUAGACGUUAAAGGGAAACUAUAGUGCCAGGAAAACAAACUUGGUUUCCUGGCAUUAUAGCUUCCCCCUCUGCCAAGCGCACCUACCUCGUGGUGCAAAGGGGUUAAAAAAAAAACAACCUUCCAUCACUGAUGUCCCUCGGCACUGGCUCGGUUCACCUUCACUCCUCAAUGGCCGCAUUAGGAUUUCUCCAUAGGAAAGUAUUAUACAAUGCUUUCCUGUGGAGUUUUGCAUGACGCUGGAUGUCCCCAUGAAUAGCCACUAGAGGUGGAGUUAACCCUGAAUGGUAAUCAUUGCAGUUUUGUUAAAAACUACAAUAAUUAUUUUUGCAGGGCUAAGGGCCCUGGCACAGUGCAUCCAGAUCACUUCAAUCAGCCAAAGUGGUCUGGGUGCCUAUAGUGUCCCUUUAAGUGAAAGCAGACGCACAGUGAAAAAGAACGGAAACAGCCUGGGGAGACAUUUAGGUAAAGCAUAGAAAAACUGUUGAGAUAUUUAGAAAACAGAGACUGGGAGACAUUUACGAGAGACACAUAGUAAGCAAAAGAGACAUACUCUCACUAACACUCUCACUGACAUACACAGUGUCCCUUAGACACAGUCUCACUAACACACAUACACACAGUCUCACGAACACACACACACAGUCUCACUAACACACAGUGUCCCUUACACAUUUUCACGAACACACACACUGUCACUUGCACGCUCUCACAAACACACACUGUCACUCAAACACAAACUCACACAACUUUACAUGAAGUCACACUUUAUUUACACAAAGAAAUACAGCAAUUUAACACACACACCAAUUUACAACCAUGCACACAAUAAACAAUCCCCCUUAGCAUCCAGUUAUGCCAUACCUGGGUGCUGUAAAGAGGAGAAGCGAUCCAGGCUGCAGGAAGUUGUUCUUUCUGCUGGGGGAGCAGGAGAGCCAUGCACUUUGAGCACAGGCUGCUUCCUGUUCCCCUCAGAAAGGGUCCGAUGUUCACAGGCAGGGGUCAGCCGGGAUACCAGGUCUUAUCCCGGCUUGCCCCGCCUGCAGGAAGCAGAGUGCUCUGCUCAGGUUCUGGGGUUACAGCACACCCCUCUCCCUGAGCAGGCAAGCCGCAGCAGAGGGAGCCCAGCAGGUGAGUGGCUGCGCUGGGGGUGGCUAAGGAGCCGAUCGCUCCGCACAGCAGCAGGGCAGCCCAAAAGGAAACCUCACGGUGGGCACCCCCAACAGACCGGUGUCCCAGACGAAUUCCUUAUUUGCCUUACGGCCUUAUGAUAGUGCCGGCCCUGGGCCUAAAGGGGCAUCCCAGUGGUUCCGCCAUCAGGUGGUGACAACCACCACCCGGGCCCCUCGUGGAGCGGUGGAACUACCGCUGGUGCAUCUGCACUGGGGUCCACACGCUGAUGGGGCCCAUCAGGUGGCCCAAGCAUUUAGGGCCACCCAAUGGGCCCUAUUAUCUUCAGGGGCCCGAUCAGCGCUGUAAUAGCACGACCGAAAAAAAAAAAAAAUGCAGCCGCAACGCAAGUGCUGCCGGGAGGAAUUGACAGCCGGUCACUUCCUCCCAGCUUACUCCACGCGGGAAGGAGGACGCAGCCUGAAGGGCAGCCGUCGCCCAUCAUCAAUGCAAAGGUAAGGAAGAGGAGGGUGGCUGAAAAAUGAAUUUUAUGUAUGUAUAUAUGCAUGCCUGUAUGUCUGUAUAUGUGUAUGUAUGUAUGCCUGUAUGUGUAUGCCUGUUACAGUAUUUGUAUAUGUUAGUAUGUGUGUAUCUUUCUGUGUGUGUCUGUGUCCGUUUGUGUCUGUGUCUGUGUGUAUUCCUGUGGGAGGGAUUUGGAGGCGGGCCCCCGGGGGCCCAGACCUUGAGCUGUGUUAGGUGCCCCAAAAUUUCUGAUGGCGGCCCUGCCUGAGACACCCAGGGAAGGGCCAUGUCAACCUAUGGUGAAUGCACCACAAGCUGCCAUGCAGCCAACCGGUUGCUACAAUCAGGGCAAACCACUCAGAGCGCUGCCUAAGUGCCCUUGUAUGUAUCAGUUCUCUGGUGUGCCCAAGAGCCAGACACCAGGGAGUUAAAUUGAGACCGCAAAUUCAGAUGCCUGUAAUCAAGGCAGUCCUGGUGAUUGCCAAUUGGGGCAAUAUGGACAUAUGGGAAUGUGAACUGGUUCUGGAAAAUGGGGUGUACAGUGAAUGGACAGACCCUCAAAGAAGGCUCAUCAGUCUGGCAUUUUUAUACAGGCCUACUCUUGCUGUUUAGUUAUUUUGCACAAUAAAAGUUAUUCAUAAUAAAAGAAAAAAUGCUCUACUAAUAUAACUAUAUCAGCACGAACCAAAGAAAACAUGUAAUUAUAAAUAUAUAUAUUUAUAUUCAUAUUCCCAGGUAAAAUAUUCUACAUUUAUAUUAGUGAUGCUGAAUUUACUCUCAACUAAACUUGUUAUAAUAAUCAAAUGUGAGGAGACCCCCUGUGUGGAAUGAAGGCGGAAAAUCCGAGAGGGGUCAAGAUCCACAAAAAGUCUCAAAUAAGUAAUGAAUGAAAAUGUUGAUUCCAAAAAAAGCGUAUGUGUUAAAAUAAAUAAAAAGGAUUUAAAUAUAUAGUAAAAAUGGAGGAGAGCAACAUUUGCAGAGCUCUAAGUUAAAGCGGCACUGUCAUGCCGAACUUACCUUUCUUUAAUCGAUUACUCUUCUUUCCCUCUGCCAGGAUCUGUUCUUCAUUUCUUCCUGUCUGCUCUAGUUUUCUUUAAAACAUAAGAUAAAGUAGGCACUAUUUGUCUUAUGGAGGUUUCCUACGCUUGACCAUCAAUGACCAGUGGAGGAGCAAAGUGUGCUUCAUUUCUGGUGAUCAGAGAAAUUUUCCCACAAUUCUUAGCUUUCCUCCCUGUUCCCGCAAUGCUUUCUAUCACUUUUCCCGAACGUCCUUUCACUUAGACAGAACCCCAUCAAAACUACUGAUUUGCAUCCCAACAGAAUGAGAACAGUUUGUUCAUUCAUGUUAGGACGCAAUUCGGACUUUGUUCGGAUCAGAAUUUCAUUCGAAUGAAUGAAACUUCGAUCCUAUUUGUGCCGCGGAUGCAUCUUGCAGACCCUUAGUAGAUAACUCCCUAAUUCCCACGGCAUUAGGGAGCUAUCUACCAAAAGGCUGAAAAACCUAAAUUUGUCUUUCAGAUAAAUUUAUUAAUACUAAGUAAAGAUUACUUAGUAUUAGUAAAUUAUGUCCCUACUCGCUAUACUGCGAGUAGGGGCAUGUCAAUUAAACAGUGAGCACCUUAGUGUCCACCCUCCCGAGCCCCUACCCGUGUUACGCGAGAGGGGGCUAUUAAACUGAACCUAUUAAACCUAGGGGGCCAUUAAACCUAGAGUUCCCCACCCCUGAGCGGUGGGUGGGGGCCAUUAAUAACAAUAAGGGGUGGACCUAUUGUCCUCCCCCACUCGGACCCCACCCCUGACAGCACAAUAAAGUAAAAUAAAUUAAAGACAAAAAAGAAAAUUAAUCGAAGAAGUGACACAGAAUACAAAUAAAAUGUGCAAACAAUAAGGCUACUGCUAUAAACUAAGUAAACCGGAAGAGUUAUUACAAUUAUACUUUCCCAGAUAAACAUUCCAUUCUGUAUAAAUAGAGUACAAAAUAAUGUGUAUUGUAAAGGCAAACAUUGGAAGCAUUAGAAGUGGCCUGUGCAUUCUCACGAGUUUCAAUUAGCAAGAAUGCCAAAUUCUAAGCCAGGCUCCACAAUACAUAGUCCUUCGCCAUCUCGCACACGCUGAGCUAGAAAUCUCUCUCUCUGAAAGGUUCCCCACGAAGGGAGAUGGAGCUAAACUCAAUAUAUGCACUUAGCUGAUUCAGUAAGACCUCGAGGGAGAGCGAUGGAUCUUGGCAGGUUAGAUACACACUGCCAGGCUUAACCUAAAAGAAUUGCAAUUGUAAUACAGUUGGGUUAGUAUCGCCAAUCUUAAAUCCAGCUUCUUUAUUCAUAGAAUGGAUUUCCAUUUUUACUCUUUUUGAAAAGAAGUAGAAAUGGUGAUUUGUAACAGGACAAGAGGUGGACAAAGAUCAAUAGGAAAAACAAAGCCACAAUAUUUACCCAGAGAUUAAAAAAACAAAACAAAAAAAACCCACUGGGGCACCAAUUACAAUUGCUUCUUUGAAUACAAUGAAAACGUUUUGUAACCAAAAUGUGUCUCAUAAUUUUGUAACCAGAGAUUCCCAUGUCAUUGACUUCCCAAAAGGGAAAUUUUUCAAAGUAAAAUUCAAAGUAAAUCUAAAUUUUAAAGCUUAAUGUAGUUUGUUUUGUUGCGUAUAAAUAUUCCCUGCAGACAUUUUCAUAUAAACUGUCUUUUCUGAGAGAAGGUGCUGAACUUGCCUUGAUACAAUGAAUAUCUAUGAGGAGGAGCUGAUUGGCCAAGCUAGUGCUUGGCCCCUACCCCACCCUCACCCCGCCUCCUUGCUGAUUUCGGCCAAUCCAAUGCUCUCCCCAUUGAAAAGCAUUGGAUUGGCUGAAAUCAUAAAUUCUGAUUCUGAUAAGGAGUUUGGCUAAUAGUAGUUAAUUAAUUAUUUGUGUGCAUGUAUGUGGGGGUAGUUUUAUGGAAAUAAAGUCUACUAUGGCGGUGUUGGGUGUGUGUGGUGAGGUUAAGCCAAUAAAGUCUCAAAUUAAAUUAUAGACCUUUCAUUUUCAAAUAUCAGCAGAAUAACCAUUUUAUACAUUACCUCCUUGUGAAUUAUACAAGUUGAUCAUGGUAGAGUCAUGUAUUGAUAAGUGCUAUCUCACUUAAAAUCGUAACUUUUAUUUUGUGUUGUGACCAAGGGUGUAUCAAUUACAUUUGAAUCAUUUUUCCUUUAAUAGUGUUUUUAGACGAGGGGUCUGCAAAUAAAUAUUUGACGCGUAAACGACGCUAUAACAGUUGGGAUUUCGAGAUGUUUACAAAGGGUAAUCUGGAGAGGGAAUGUACCGAAGAAGUAUGCAAUUAUGAAGAAGUUCGAGAGAUCUUCGAGAAUGACCAGGAAGCAGUAAGUUCAUGCAUAAACUAUCUAGGUUUUGGUUGUUUUAUUAUUUUCUAAUACCACCAGAUAGAACUGCAGUAAUGUAUGUUCUACUUAGAACGUGCAAUCUAGUUAAAUGGACGGUCCAGGCUGGACGUGACCCAUUUUUAAACAUAUAUUUAAAAUUGUAUGUAAAAACAAUAAAUUAAAAAUAAUACAAUUCACACAUUUAAAGUUCCUCCAGACUUUGCAACUUCUAUUGUGAAAUCUGCCCAGACCAGGAAGUUACUCGCCCAAUCACGAUGCUCCCUUUGGUUUUUAUGACCGUGCUAAGCUUGUCCUUUAUGUAUUGGAAAAGCAGUGCUUUAUGGGCACAGAACGAGAUUCUACAAGUUCUAUCUCAGUUGUUCACUUUCUACUGUAGAAGGGAUAGUUGAGCUGUUGGUAAUGACUUCAUGUACAAAAAGGAAAAAGAGGAUGCAUAGCCGGCUGGGAGGGGAAGGAAGGGUGGGACGUUUCUCAUGAUCUGCUCAUUCUGCCAUAUAAAAUAUAGGCUGUGUUGGAUUAUAUCCAGUAUAAUGUAUAAAAUAGGAAAGGAAUACACAGCGGACCAUUUACAUUUUGCUGUAUACCCCCUACUACCUGCAUUAACUAUUAUUUUCAAAAUAAAUAUACAAAUAGGGGUGUAGAGCGAUCCUGUAACGAGUCAGUUGUAGAUGUGCAUGCUCCAUAAACUAUUGGUAAAUAAUCUGACACCAAUCUAUUCACUUUAAAGUAAUAUGGAAUCAAAAGCAUAAAAGUUAAUAUAUACUAUAUGUAUUGAACUCUCACAAAAUGUAGUGCUCAAAAGGUAAAUCGCUUUACACUGAUCAGCCAUAACAUUAAAACUUCUAACAGGUGAAGUGAGUAAUUAAUAAGGAAGACUGGAGCGGGUCUGCAAGAAAGCAGGUCCGAUAUCAGUCUAAAUACACUAAUUACAGAUCUAAGGUCCAGUAUUAGGUGUAAAUUGUCUUAUUUACAAAAAAGUAUUAAAUAGCUUUAUUUAAAUCCCUAAAUACGAGAACACAUAAAAACCAAAGUGAGUGCAAAAUCUAAUGAAAAGAAAAAAACGAAAUAUUAAAAUAGAACCAUCUGCUGAGGUUUAGCUGAUAGUAUCCAACAAAUUAUAAUCUGUACAGAAAAUGGAUAGACCGCUGUUGCUAAUAUGAAUGGUAUUUAAAUUGUACCAAGAGUUAAUAGUCUAUGUCUAAAUUGUAUGUAGCUUGGAUA